CCCAAAUACCAUUGCUUUUAUUUCAGGGCAGACAGGCAAGCUGAUGUAUGUGAUGCACAACUCCGAAUAUCCCCUCAGCUGUUUCGCUCUCUUUGAAAAUGGCCCCUGCCUCAUAGCAGAUGCCAACUUUGAUAUCCUUAUGGUGAAGUUGAAAGGCUUCUUCCAAAAUGCCAAGGCGAACAAGAUAGAGAGCCGGGGCACCCGCUACCAGUACUGUGACUUCUUGGUGAAGGUGGGCACCGUUACAAUGGGGCCCAGUGCCCGUGGGAUAUCUGUGGAGGUGGAGUACUGCCCCUGCGUGAUAGCCAACGACUGCUGGAACCUGCUCAUGGAGUUCAUGCAGAGCUUCAUGGGGAACCACACUCCCGGUAUCCCGUCCGUGUUUGGCACCAGGCACGACAGCAUCUACAGCCCAGCGGACACGAUGGUUCAGUACAUGGAGCUGUUCAACAAAAUCCGUAAGCAGCAGCAGGUGCCUGUAGCAGGGAUCAGAUGAAAGGACUCCCGGGAGCCUGCUUCAGAAUGACUGCAUCCUCUUUUCUACCUGCCCGUCUGGAUCAGGAGUCCCUCCAAAAAGCAGCACUGGAGGCAGCCCAAGGUUUUUUUUUCUUCUCAAUCUCUUUCCCCUCUUUCAAAGCAAAGGUCUUGAAUGCUAUGCUUAUUUCUUGUUAUCCUCCUUCAUGGUUUUGAGCAUGUCUGGGAUUGGGCCUGUGGUUCUGAUGGUUCUC